AGACUUGGCAGCAGGGAUCUCUCCCUCCUAGUUCACAGUUCUCCUUCCUACCCUCAGUGAUGGAAUUAGAGUUCCAGGCCCACGCAGUGAACGAGAUUGUGAGUGUUAAGAGGGAAUAUGUAGUUUAUGAUCUGAAGACCCAAGUCCCACCCCAGCAGGUGGUGCCCUGCUUCAAAGUGACGUUGAGCCUGAAGAACACGGCACUCAAGUCCAUCAUUGCUCUCUUGGUGCCUGCAGAGGCACUGCUGUUGGCUGACGUGUGCGGGGGGCUGCUGCCCCUCUGGACCAUCGAGCGCAUUGCCUACAAGGUGACCUUGCUGCUGAGCUACCUGGUCUUCCACUCCUCCCUGGUGGAUGCCCUGCCAAGCUCCUCCUCCUGCAACCCCCUGCUCAUUUACUUCUUCACCAUCCUGCUGCUGCUGUUCUUCCUCAGCACCGUGGAGACUGUGCUGCUGGCUGGGCUGCUGGCCAAGGGCAGCCUUGGGGCCAAGAGCAGCCCCAGCCCAGCCCUAAGAGGGGAACAUCGAGAGCAUGGCAACUCAGGGCCUCAUCCUGAAGAGCCCCCCAGGGGAGUAAAGGGGUCACAGAGGAGCUGGCCUGAGACUGCUGACCGCAUCUUCUUCGUGGUGUAUGUGUCUGGGGUGCUGUGCUGCCAAUUCAUCUUUGCUGGCAUUUGGAUGUGGGCAGCGUGCAAGUCUGACCCAGCCCCUGGAGAGGCUGCACCCCACGGCAGGAGGCCUAGACCAUAACGGGGCAGGGCCUGGGCUGCACACC